AUGACGAUUUCUAAUGCAGAAGAUCGAGAACUUCUGAAGAUACGAAAAAGGAAGGAUAUCGUCACCCUGCCCGUCGACAAGGGGCGCUCGACUGUCGUCAUGGAUAAGGCUGAGUACUGCACAAAACUAGGCAACCUCUUGAUGGACAAGGAAACUUAUGUGCCAUCGACCGUCAGCGAGUUUAAAAAGCUCGUAAACAGCAUAAACAAUACGAUCGGCAAGCUGAGGAAGGCGGGAGCUCUUAUGAGAAGGGAGGCGUUGGCCGCAAAAGCCAGUGAUACCGCGAUGGCGCGCUUCUACGGCCUACCAAAGGUCCACAAGCAGGGGGUACCGCUACGCCCCAUCGUCUCCUUACGUGGUACUCCAACCUUUGGGCUGUCACAGUGGCUGUACCAGCGACUUUGUUUCCUUGCCAAGGAUUCGCAGUGGACAGUGAAGUCAACUGAAGAGUUAUUGACGCGCAUCAAACAUCUCGAAGUGAAGGCAGAUGAGGUGAUGGUGUCAUUUGACGUGAUCUCAUUAUUCACCUCCAUCCCACCCGCGCUGGCUAUCGACACUAUUGAUGGGUUUCUCCGGGAAAAGUAUGAUGAAACCGACCAACAGCUCAAACGAGCACACAUCAUCGAGCUCCUAGAACUGUGUCUUAAGACCUUCUUUACAUUCAACGGCCAAGUCUACGAGCAAAAGAAGGGGACACCAAUGGGCUCGCCUCUGUCUGGACUAAUUGCCGAAGCAGUUUCGCAGAGACUCGAGCAGCAGGUCUUCAGCUCGUACCCCCCGAAGUUCUGGGCCAGAUACGUCGACGACACGUUCGUUGUAAUCAAGAGAAGCGAGGUGAAGGCUUUCAAGGCAUUGUUGAACUCCAUCUUUCCCGAUAUUCAGUUUACUAUGGAAGAGGAAGUCAACAAUCAGUUGCCCUUCCUGGACGUAUGUUGGGAGUGCCUACACUCCCAAAAACAAGAGCAGACCAAUCAAUGGAGAUCACGUGCGUUUGCUCUCUCUCUCUACCGCACUGUCAUCUCAAUCAGGCGCUUUCCCAUUGGCUGCUCCCCUCUUCCCGAAGGUCAUUGGACCGAGUGCCGGCGAACCACGCUAGCGUGUGAUAAAUAUGCGUCACCCUUAGCUAGACGUGACUUGCUGAAACGUGUUUUGCUAAUACACGUUCCGUGGCCAGACGUGUGUUCUUUGUCUGCUGCCUUGAUUGGGAACCAGGGUCGAACGCAUACACGCUCCAGGGGAUUUCAAGUACCAGGCGGGUCAUAACAACGUACAAGUUACGAGAUUGACAGGCGGGAAGAUAAGGACAACGGUUUACCGUAAGGCAACAAAUACCAGGCGCAUCCUCCACUUCCGAAGCAACCACCCUGUUGGUCAUAAACGCAGUUGUGUCAGAUCUCUCUUUCAACGUGUUCAAACACACUGUAGCGACGACAGUGGGAGGAAGGAGGAGGUGAAUUACUUACACGCCCUUUUCAAAGCCAACGGCUACCCGAAGUCCUUCAUACGCAAUUGCCUCAAAAAGCCUCAUUUUGAGCGGUCGAGUGGAGAAAAGCCCAAGUUCUGGCUCUCAAUACCCUAUGUGAAGAACGUUUCAGAGGCAACGGCAAGAAUCCUGAAACCUUUUGGGAUUGGCGUGGCUCAUAAACCAGAAUGCACAAUCAGACAGCAAAUCAUGAAGCCCAAAGACCCGCUGUCAACAACAAAACAGUUGGCAGUGGUCUAUAACAUACCAUGCCUUAAUUGCAAUGCAAGGUAUGUUAGUGAAACGGGUAAACGCCUCAGUACAGGAUUGCACGAACACCAACUUGCAAUCUACUGCCAGGACAAGCUGUCUUUAAUCUAUAGCCACAUACGAGAACUGAACCACGAUGUUGCCCUUGAAAAAGCGAGGGCAAUUGUUGGAGCCAAUUAGAAGAUGGCCAGCCUGGUGCUCCAAAGUUGGUCCUCGACUGGUACAUGCAAUUGAGCUAUAGAUCUACAUCCCGCCUAGAAGGCGCUGCGUACAAGGCCUGAUCAGGUAGUGUGCUAAAGAUACGGCUGUGUGUCCUGAGCCGUCCGCCAGCCUCUUUAAAUGCUUAGCUAGCCAUUUAGCCAGUUCGUAGUAGGCGUGCCUUUCAGCGGCACAAUGGGUCGUAGGGGAACAUUUGGCUUGUGGAUUUUCGGUAAACUAUAGAAACGCGCUAGGGCAGUAGCUUGCCAUCUGUCUCAAUUCCCAUUCGGAUACUGCCUUUUGGUUCCUCAUUUGGUUCAGGCUCUUAUUGAUUUUGCCUACCAGUGUUUUCAUGUGGUCGGUGUCAACGACUUUACAUGACUGGUUGUCGUUGGGCUUUCGUUACGUACUCUGACUUGUCGAGGACUACGGUUGCCUGCACUUUGCCGCUGGGAAAAUGACAAUUUCAUCGUCUUUCUUUAAUUUCCUUAUGGCCUUGAGCUCUGCUGAGGUGAUGGUUCGGUGUGGCCUAUGGGAUAUGAUGAGGGAUGCGACUCGUUGACGAAUCGCGUUCUUGGAGUCAUCUGAGGCAUCUGUUUGUGAAAGUGCCACUUCUAGUGCAGCGAUAAAACCUACUGGCUGUGCGUCUCCUGUGUUGUAGCCGGAUUCAUGUUGAAGCACUUUAAUUUGGUCGUCUGUCAGCUGUUUAGAUGACAGGUUGUGGACGGCUGACGGUUCGCGCACGGGUGCCUGUGUUUGUUUUAGGUUACGCACUUUGUUGAGGAAUUGGGUCUUCUUCUUGUCUCGUUCCACGUUCACCUGAAUCAAGAUCCAGCUCUCCAGGUUUCGCAUUGUUUGCUCGUCUAGGUAUGCUGCACAUGCCGCUUUAUCCCUUUCGAUUUUCCUGCCGUACUUGCGCAGACGUUGAUGAGGGUCCUUAGUAGGCCUCGGCUGCAUCUCCUGGCGACCUCGGGCCGAAGUCAGUUCUGACUGAAGGUCUUACAGAAACGCUCCUCGGCGUAAUGUCCGACAUCAGACAGUUGUAAGGAAAGGCCAUUUGUUACCAUGUAAACCCCUGUCGACAGGAAAAUAACUCCCAGUGCCGUGCUCGACUAAGCGCUUCGCGCCCGGAAGUCUCAUGGAUAUAAGCGAAAAAUUCUGACCCCGGAAAAGAAGAUGGAAGGGCAAUAUGAGGCAAUCUCUUGGGAAGAAAGUUCAUUCGUCUGACGUUUCGCUUUCAUACUCGAGCACAUCAUCGGAGACAGGCCAAAUGAGAAAUACAUGGGAUAAAUAGGCCAUUCGCGCUCGCACCUGAUAGGUCAAUCCCGCUCUCCUCUUAUUGGCCCUCCUCUCUCGCGCAAGUGGUGCCUGAUGUCCUCGUAUGGCGCUGGUAGGUCAAAACUGCGGUUGAACGAGUUGGCGUCUGAUUGCCAGGCUUCGAUUACUUCUCUCGUCAGCUUGCUUUCCGCUCGGCCGAGCACUUGGGCGCCGUCAAAGUCGAACACGUGAUAAUUUUGUAGACUGUGCAUGGCGACGUGCGAGCGCACAUCCUUUCGCUAUACGACUAGAGCGUGCUCAUGCACGCGCGUGCGCAGUCGUUUGUCCGUCAUGCCACAGUAAUUGACAAGACCGUCUAGGGAGUUGAAUCGGUAAAUGACGCCUGACGUGUCUGCAGGUGGUAGCCGCCCCUUGGUUUGCAUGAGUAAGCGACGGAUGGUGGCCUCCGGUCGGUGUCCAACGCCUACGCUUAGUGGCCUUAGCAUGCGCUCAGUGGCUUCGAAGACGUUUCUCACGUAAAGCAGCACGCGGAAGAUUUCAGGUCUUUGCGUGUUCUCGCGGUCGGCACUCGUAUGUCUUUGGUAAAAGCAUUUGUUUACAAAACAGCGCGGAUAUCCAUUGGCAAGGAAGAGGUGACACAGGGUUUCACGCUCCCACAGCUUCUCGGCUUCUGCGCUGCAGUGUGGGUUGAUGCGGCGAAAAAGGGUCCGGACGCAGCUGCGUUUAUGCGACAGGGAUUGGUUGCCGGUGUAGUGAAGAAUUUUCUCCGUGUUUGUCGCUUUUCGAAGGAUACCAGACUGGAGGGUUCCGUCUUCUUGCCUCGUUACCUGAACUUCGAGGAAAGGGAGCACUCCGUAUUUUUCGUCGUCCAUGGUCAACUGAAUUUGUGGGAUGACCGAGUCCAAUUGCCUUUUAAAGUAGUCUUUCGCGUCUCGAGUAAGAUUGCAAAGGUGUCGCAGUUACGCCUGUGAGCGGUCGCAAUCUGCAUCAUUCUGUUCCGAUUUGCUCUCGUGUCUUCCAUUUCUCCAUGAGACCGUCCAACACUAUAUGACGGUUGAUGCACGAUUCAUCCUAGUGCAUGGCCUCAAGCAACUCUCGCUCUUUCUUGAAGUGACAGGCACCGACCUUUCGUGUUUCGCUUUGAUUAAAUGUGCAAAAAUCCAUUAACAUUUCUAGCGUGCUCCAAAAUCAAUAUGCAUUUGGUGCUUCAGCCAGUAAGCGGCCGUCUUGUGCGUCAGUCUCUAUUGAUCGGCUUUAGUCUGUUCACUUGUCCCAGAGACUUUCCUACGUGGCAUCUAACUCGAUAUGCGAGUUGAUGCAUGACUCAUCGGAGUGCAUGGCUUUAAGAAAAUCUCGGCCUUUUCAGAUGGGCGAACUCCGACGAAGCGAGCUUUGUCACAUGCGAAAGUGUGUCCAGAAUCAGGAGUGUGCAUGGCCAUUUGAGAUAAGUGUUCUCACCUCUUAACUGCCAGUUGAUGGUCUUGGAUGCGGAGACGUAGGAGGGCGCAGGUGGAUGACACGAUUUUGGUGCUCCACUCCGCACCCCCUGGUCCGCACAGCAUAUGACCAAGAUUUUGACCAACUACAGCACGAAGGAUGGAGGCUGGCAUGGCCGAAGCCGCAUCUAGGUCUGCCGCCCACGCCAGCUCGGAUCCCGACUGAGUGGCCCAAGUUAACUCUCCAGCUGGCAGCCUUCCAAGCCACGGCUUUUAGCGUACCUUGACAGCAUGUCAGAUUGUUUGUAGCGGGACGAAUGCACUGAGUCGUCGACCUCACUCUCCCUUUCCAUUCUCAAGCCCCAUGCACCGUCCGAGGCGGUCAUUUGACAGGUGCGGGGAACGGGCCCGGUGACUGACAUUGUCUAAUGACCGUGUCUGCGACCGCAGCGUGCACGACCUGGUCACUCAAACACAAACACCAAGAUUUCACAUAACGAGGGUAGGGCAACGUAUCUCUCACAUGCGUGAGAGUGCCGUGGAAGGAGUUGCUCACACCUACGAAAUGGGUCAGGAGUUUAACUUCGAAGCCAACAAAACAGUCGCCCACGCCGAAAGCAAAACAGGUCGAGAAUUGAUUGGAGCCUGGGCCUCGGAUGUGAACUUCGUCAAUCGAUUUAUCGAUCUAACUACGGCGUACAGAGCCGUGCGUAGUCACCUCCAGUCUUGUGCCGUCGGUCGAUGAUUGGCCUACAUGCCUUAUCACUGUUGCUUGUUGUGCUGCUGCUAUUACCUCUGACGAUGGACGAGUCUGAAAGCUCAGGACAAUAAACAAAUUAGCUGCUUCAACCCAGCUCUCAGUCCAUCAGUCCGCCAUUCUACACAUACAUACAACUGGAUGGACUGCGUGGACUGACUUGGGGCGUCAGUCAGCAGCCUUCCAAUAAGCGACGCUUGACGCUUCGGUGUAGUCUCAGACUCGAGUCACCCUUGCGACAGGAGCCGCAUGAAGUCCGAGCCGAGACACACACGUCCCACCUGCGUGGGAGGUGGCAGUUGGGUUCUUGCGGUGUGUGAUGUUGAUGUACGUUGUGAUGGUGAUGAGUGAGGAUGUAAUAGAUGGUGAAGCCUGCGGUUGUCUACCGCAGGUUUUCGUGGAUGCGCACAUUGCCGAAUAGGCCCAUGAGGUGCAUGAAUGUGAAUGGGCAGUGCAAGCAGUGGAAGCGGAUGCGGUGGGUGUAGGUGGGUGUUUCAGGCACUGGUUCGCCAGUCUCUGUGCUAUGGAUUCACACGUGACCAACCAGGCCGAUGCUUGAGACGAAUGUGCGUGGACAAUGCGGGCAUGAGAACUCGGUGGUGCUGGAGUCAGUAAAGGAGACCGUGGUGGUGGUGGUCGUGGUGGCGGUGGCGAUUGGCGAAGAGGGUGACGGAGUGAGGGGGAGGCUGGACAUGGUUGGUGUGCUGGGUGUGGUGGGUGUGUCGGGACUGCGGUCGUUUCCGCACUCGUGGACACGCAAGUGGCCGGAUAGGCCCGUGCAAUGCGCGGACGUGCGAGGACAGUGUAUACAAUGUAGGUGGGUGCGGCUGGUGUAGGUUGGUGUUCCAUGCACUGGUUCGCCAGUCCUCACGCGACUCAUUCACAAGUGACCGACCUGGCUGAUGAGUGAGGUGAAAGUGCGGUCGCAGUGAGGACAGGUGUAGUCCUGGUCCUCACCACUGGUGCCGGGAGAGGUAGGUUGAUGUUUGUUGUUGUGUCAGUACUGUGUGAGUAUUGGUGUGCCUGGCAGGCGCCAAAACGGCAGCCGUUGGGGUGGUGGAAGGGGAGGAGGAGGGAGAUGAGCAGGAGGGAAAGGAGAAGGAGGAGGAGGAGGAUGGUAGUGGCGGUUCAUGA